UUAGGAAAAAGAAAGGCUGAUGAUAUUGAUAAAGAAUUAGCAACCAAUUCUGGAAAUUUUAUCAAAGCGGAGCUUCCUUUAAUUUUCGAAGGAUUAAAUAUCAAUAAUCAUACUGCUCAAGCAAUUACUCUUCAAUUAGAAGAAACUAAAAUUGAAUUAAAAAAUACUAAAAUAAAAUUAUGA